AUGGAGGGUGAAGGUCUCACCUGCAGUGUCUUGCUUGGGUUGGUACAGAAAUAUCCAAGUAUGGCUCGCACAAAUCAAACUGCUCGUAUCCAGUGGCGGCAAGGCUCCAAGGAACAGCUAGCCAGCAUUGUUGCCCGCAAGUCAGCCCCAAUAACAGACACGGGUGUGAAGAAGCCCUACAGACACAGACCUGGAAUUGUUGCUCUUCGUGAAAUCCACAAGCACCAUAAGAGUACUGAGCUGCUCAUCAGAAAACUCCCAUUUCAAAAACUUGUUCGUGAACUUGAACAGAAUUUCAAGAGCGAUUUGCAGUUCCAGAGCUAUGCUGUUUUGGCCUUGCAAGGGGCAGCUGAAGGCCUGAAGCUUACCUUGUUGAAUUGUUUGAGGAUACUAAUCUUUGUGCAAUCCAUGCCAAGCGAGUUACUAUCAUGCCCAAGGAUGUUCAGCUUGCCAUGA